AUGCCUUUUUUAUCAUACAAACGUGCUCUCCAAUUACGACAUGAGCUGAAAGAUACGCGGGCGACAGUUAUCACACCAGAUGAGGAAGGAUAUACGGAACUUAUCAGUCGGUGGAACGAAGCUUGUGAGAAAGAAGCUGGCGCAAUCGUACUUGUAACCACGUCCCAGGAAGUGUCUCUGGUGGUCGCGUUUGCAAGCCGUCAUUACAUCCCUUUGGUAGUCCAGGGUGGCGGCUACAGUACAGACGGCGGAUCCUCAACCCAUGGAGGUAUUGUGAUCAACUUAUCCAGGAUGCGGAAGAUUCUCGUCGAUCGUGCGUCUCGAACCGUGGCUGUCCAGAGUGGAGCUACCUGGGGAGAGGUCGAUCAGGCGGCCGCAUGUGAGGGGCUCGCCGUGGUCGGCUGCACAUCAAGUGCCUUGGGCGUCGGUGGAACGACGCUAGGCGGGGGAUUUGGCUGGCUCACGGGACGCCAUGGGCUGAUCAUCGAUAACCUGAUCAGUGUGAAAAUGGUUCUAGCCGACGGUCUCGUCUUGACGGCGUCCGUGGCUGAGCACCCCGACCUCUUCUGGGCGGUUAGGGGCGCCGGCCAGAGCUUCGGCGUGGCCACAGAAUUCGUCCUGCGUGCACACCUCCAACGCUCGUCUAUCUUCGGUGGCUUGAUUUACUUGACUCCUGACCGUCUGGACUGCGUGGUCGAUUUUGCGAACCAAUUCGAUCUACAGGCCACAGGCGAUGAGGGCCUGUACCUCGGCUUCACCACCCACCCACCGUCCAUGCCCUCUACGGUGAUUGUCGCCCUGUUGUUCUUUAAUGGCCCCAGAAACGCCGGUGAAUCUUUCUUUGCGCCACUUCUGGCUCUAGAUCCUAUUCAAAACGAGACGCGUGAGAUGCCGUACCCGGAAAUCAACACCAUCCUUGGACCACUCGCUGCCCCUGGCGCCCGCAAGUGCAUGAGUGGCACAGCAGUGAAUUUUCCGGUUGACCCUCAACUCGUACAUGAUGUUUAUGACAAUUUCAACCAGAUCAUGCAAUCGUACCCACGCGUCGAAGGCAGUGUAAUUUUCUUUGAAUUGCUACCGUACUCACGUGUCAUUGAGGUGCCACUCGACGCGACCGCUUAUGCCAAUCGGGGCGCAUAUCACAACGUAGCGACCAUUUUUCGCUGGCAUGACCCAGAACUUGACGCUCAAAUGAAGCGUCGGGAACUUGCCUUGCUGCGCCAGAUUCGAGAGCGUGGUGGUGUUGCGAUCAUCGCAGGGCACGGGGUGGGUGUCUACGCUAACUUCGCUGGGCACGAGUCGAAUGCUAGAGAGCUAUUUGGUGACAAUUUGCCUCGCCUGCAGCAGCUGAAAAUGCACUAUGAUCCUAACAACAUGUUUCAAAAGUGGCACAACCUGCACAUUCCUGCUAGUUCGGUGUGA